GCUCUCAGCCGGCGGUCUCGCGUUGUUUUCUUUGACCGGUCACGUGAUGCGGAUGCCCUUCCACAGUGCGACAGAAAUCAUGGCUGCGCUCUUGAGAUCAGCCCGGCUACUCAAGUUUUCUCCUUCGGGCUUGCUUCAGACCGCAGUGACCAGGAGAAAUGGGGCGCCACUCAGCCGGCUGUACAGCGGAGCUCUCGGCGGCAGAGGGACCGGAGUGUGUCCCCGACAGAGCAGCCCUUCUUCGGGAAACGUGUCCAGUCGCGUGUGGCCAUAUGCAGGGGCGUGCGUGCGUAACUAUGCCUUGGCCACAGAGAAGAAGGAUGAGUCCGGCAAUGCGAUGCGGCACAGUCAGGCGCUACAGUUUGAAUUGGCUCUGAACAAGCUUGACAACUCUGUGAGGAGAACCGGUCGCAUCACCAAGACCCAUCUGCUCCGCAUCUUCUACGACACCUGCAGGAGAGGUUAUCCCAGUGGUAACCAGGCCUUGUUACUGCUGCGUAGCUGUGGCUCGCUGCUGCCAGAGGUUCCUCUGGAGGAGCGCACUGAGCUGGCACACCGUGUGUGGGAGAAGCUGGAGAAGUUGGGUGCACAGUACGAUGUCAGUCACUACAACGCCUUGCUGAAGGUUUACCUGCAGAAUGAGUUCAAGUUCUCCCCCACUGACUUCCUGGCCACGAUGGAAGCAGCUAACGUCCAGCCUAACAGAGUUACCUACCAGAGACUCAUAGCAGCGUAUUGCCACAAUGGAGAUAUCGAGGGAGCCAGCACCAUAUUGAGUUUCAUGAAGAGCAAAGAUUUACCCAUCACUGAGGCUGUUUUCAACUCCCUGGUGACCGGCCAUGCCCGUGCGGGGGACGUCGAGAGUGCUAAGAACAUCCUGACUGUGAUGCAGGGAGCAGGAAUUGAACCGGGUCCUGACACUUAUCUAUCGCUGCUAAAUGCCCACGCUGAGAAGGGAGACAUGGACAGUUUGAAACAGACUAUGGAGGCAGCCGAGAGUGCAGACUGCAGUCUGCUGGACAGGGACAUCAUGCAGGUCAUCCACACUCUUGCCAAGGCCGGACACCAGCAGCACAUCCCAUACAUGGUUGAGUGCUUGAGGCAUGAGAGGGGUUUCAUUCCAGAUGCGAUGAACUUGUGCCUGAGCCUCAUCACACAGAGCCACGACGACAUCGCUUUUUCCAUCCUGAAGAAGUUCCCCAUCCUGCAGUCUGAAAGCUCCGACCCCGAUGUCUUCAACCUGGGCAACUUCUUCCUCAGGCACUGUGUCACCAUGGACACGUCAGUGGAGAAGAUGUUCAUGUAUUGCAAAGAGCUCCAGGAGUCUAAUCUGCACACGUCGCCGAUGGACUUCACUCUGUUCUGUGCUCUGGAGGCCAACAAGAUUGAUAUGUCUUUAGAGCUGAUGAAGUUGUUGAAGGAGCAGAACUCGCCCAUAAAGCCGCACUACUUUUGGCCCAUCCUCACUCAGCAUUUGAAAGUCAACAACACAGCUGGUGUGGUUGAGGUGAUGAAGGCAAUGCAGAGUCUUAAGGUCUUCCCAGAUACCGAGACUUUGUCCAACUACGUCCUCCCCGCCUUCCCCGACAUGGACGCAGCUCGAGAGGCCCUCAAGGAUGCGGGCGUGUCUUUGGAGUCAAGGAUGUUCGUCUCCUUCGAGGCUCGCUCGCUGGCUGCUGGCAACCUGGCCGAACUAUACACCAUGUUGUCGGACACCUCCUGCCCCACGUUGGAUCUCAGUGUUUUCCGCAGCAGCCUCAUCCUGGGCUUCAUAAGGUCUUCUGAUAUGGAGAACAUGGUGAAGAUUACUGAGCUCCUGUACAAUGACGAGCGCUUCUCCAAAAAGGAAUCCAAGACUUCUGAAACGGUCUCCUACUUCUUGUACAAUCUGAUCAACCAAAUGUCAGAGGAGGAGGUGCAGAAACAGGAAGACAAGCUGCGGACAUACUUCAAUGAACUACAUGCUAAGAACAUCACCAUUUCUAUCAACAUCUACAGAGGCAUGAGGAACCUUCUGGAGUCCUACAAAGUCCCACAGCUCAUCAAGCAUGUUCUUGCUUUGGUGGACCUCCAGGAACAGGCCUCUCUUUCCAUCAAUGGCACUGGAGCUGAGAAUAGGCAGACCAAUGUCAAUGCAGAGGACACGCCAUUUAUCGUCACUCUCAAAAAAGCCAUGAGGACUCCCGAUAACAAAGAGAGCUUGGCGCGCACCCUUGAGCUGAAGCUGCAGCACGAGAAGGAGAUGACACCCAGCUGCUACGCCAUCCUCAUCAGCCUGUGCUGUCGCAACAACGAUGCGGAGGAGGCGCUCAACCUGAAGAAGGAAAUGAGCCGUAUGGACCCAUCAGCAAUGCUGGACUCCAGAAAAUAUAUCGCACUGGUCAAGACCCUCACCUAUAACGACAGAGUGGACGAAGCGGUAGACAUCCUGACGGAGAUGAAAGAGAAGGAGAUCGUGGUCGACGGCGGAAGCGUAAUGUCUAUCUUUCACUUGCUCAACGACAGCGUGCCCAAGGGCGUCGCCACCGUCCGACGCCUGCAGGAAACCAUCUUCUCCCUAGGACUGACCGCGCCCUCCUCAAAACUCUGCUCGCCCCUGGUGUCUGCCUACCUCCACAGUGACGACCUGUCCGGAGCUCUAGACGCAGUAAUCGAUGCUCGCAAGCUCUGCCAAUUUGUUCCUCCCAUGCACAACCUCCUCGUUCGGAUGGUGGAGAAAGGAGAAACCGACCUGCUGAAAAAAGCCAUGGACUUCUUGAGUCAGGUGCGAGGAGAGAUGACCAUGCUGUUCGAUCUGUUCUUCGCAUUCCUGCAGACAGGCCGCUACCGCGAGGCUCGUAAGAUUGUUGAGACGCCUGGGCUGAGGGCAAAGCCUCUACGCCUGCUAUGGUUUGCAGAGAAAUGCAUUGAAACCAAAGCAAUGGAGGCCUUGGAGCAUAUGGUGGACCUGACUGAUAAGCUGUUUGAUUGCGACAGAGAUGAGAUGUACAGUUACAUCCUCCGUCUCUGCAAAGAGACAAACGACUGGCAGAAGGCAGAAGCAAUGUGGACGAAGAUGCAGGAGGAGAACGUCAUUCCCCGGGAGAGGACGCUGCGUAUACUGGCAGAGAUCUUGAAGAGUAACGGCCAGAAGGUGCCCUUUGAGGUGGCCGAGAGCUGGUUCCAAGAAGCUGACGUCACACCGCAGGUCAAGGAGGAAACGACCCCCCGCCGAGCCGAAGAUGCUUCUCCAUAUUGGGCCCGUGUGGUCGCCCAAAGUAAAAAGGGCGAACCCCAAGAAGCCUAUAAGUUGUUAAAGGAAGCCAUUGAAAAGGACGUCUCAUUAGACGCCACUGUUUUCGAUCAACUGAUCCGCAGCAUGUUGGCCAAGGGAUGCUUUGAGGAUGCCAUGGAAGUCAAGGACAUUGCGAAGUCUCGUCUGCCGGCCUUCCAGCUGAGUGAAAUCGCCACCAAUCUGCUCAUCGUCACACAAAGCAAGAAAGGCCACGCUGAAGAUGCUCUCGAGCAGCUGAAGUCCAUGCUGCAGGAGAAAAAGGUUCCCUCGAAGCUCGCCAUCACCAGACUGGUUCAGGCCAUGGGUAGCCGUGGCGAUGCGACCGGGAUCCAGGAAGUGCAGUCGCUGAUUAAGAACCUCGACAUGAACCUCACCCUGUCCACCAUGGUGUUUAUCAACAAUACAGCCAUCGCACACAUCAAGAAUGGCGACCUGGAGUCGGCCGUGGACGGGCUGGAAGCAGUCUUCACAAGUCAAGACAUUCAAAACCCCAAUAUGUCCUUCGUCUUGAGAAAGGUCUUGGAGGAUAACGAUGACAAAGCCUGGGACAAGUUGAGUAUUAUGGCAGAGCGGCUAGCCAACCAGUUUGCCUGCUACAAACCAGCUUCACAACUCUUCCUCCAGCUGCUGGAUUUCGACAAAAUUGAGGACGCCAAGUUCAUGCUUGCACGCUGUAACGCUGUGGCUCAACAGGAGGAUGUGUUGAUUUCCUACUUGUCUCAGAAGGCGCAGAUUCCUGGACAGGCGGGCAAGAUCAAGACUCUGCUGAGCCUGAUUCCAGACUUCACUGGGAAGGAUGUGCUGUACUCGUACCUGAUGAAAUCUCAUGUUGUAGAUGGGGACUUAUCGUCAGCCAAGGCUCUGCAAGAGCACAUGCAGAAGGAGGGGAUAGUAAUGGACGAGCUGUCACUCAAACGGCUUGCUCAGCUUUACCGCAAGGAAGGAGAGACGGUGCCCUUCACUGAGCCCCCAGAGUCCUUUAAGUUUUACGCAGACUUGUUGAAAGAGAAAACAUCCAAAGCCCAAGAGUCAGCUGAGGCAUAAAGAUUCAUCCUCCUCUCCUCCCCGUCGAAACGUUUUCCUUUUUCUUUUUUAUAUAAGUCGUCCAAGCUGAAAUGUUGAGUAUUGUGUUAAAACUGUUAGACGCUGUCCUUUUGUUGAUGUUCAGAAUGCACAGAUGUAUUUAUGCUAAUAAAUGUCACAUUCUGAGCCGUGUGAUUUGUGUCUGUGUGAUUUAAAAAAAGUGGCACGAUGAAGGUAAAGCACACGUGGAGCUAAUGACAGGAUUCAUUCUACGUUUAUCUUAAUGUUAUUGUUACCAAUUGUACACACAAAACAUGAACACUUCAUAUUUUUGUGUCGUUUGAUCCGUUAGCGAUGCAUCAUAAUUUAUAGAAAUGGUAAAAUAUGCUCCUUGAUCAGCUACAACAUGUUGUAUACAUAAUAUCAUAUGCAGUAAUAUUACUGAUGCUUAAAGAGUACUUUUGAUAACAUGUACUUUUAUUUAAGUAUGACUUUAAAAUAAAAAACAUUUGCUUUGUAA